CCAUAUGAUAUCAUAUAGUACAGAGACGAGAAUCUAACAAGCAUCUCUACCAACAUCGAUCCUCUCUUUGGGUGGCUUUGAAUAGGGUUUUGAUUCAGUGGUAAUUACAAUCAAGGAGACCUUAUGGCAGGGGCUGGAAUCCACCCAUACCAUCAUCAGCAGUGGCCACCGGCAGCUGCUCCUCCACCUCCACCAGCUGCAGCAGGUGGCGCGGCCCCUCCUCCUCCAUCCGCUGUCCACCAUCCCCCAACAGUCCUUGUUGAUAAUAGCAAUCGCGGCCCCACGCACGAUGAGGUUAGGACAAUAUUCAUAACUGGGUUACCAGAAGAUGUGAAGGAAAGAGAACUGCAGAAUUUAUUGAGAUGGUUACCUGGUUAUGAGGCUUCUCAAGUUAACUACAAAGGAGAAAAACCAAUGGGUUUUGCUCUCUUCUCUACUUCUCAGUUUGCUAUUGCUGCCAAGGAAGCCCUUCAGGAUAUGCUUUUUGAUGCCGAGUCCAAGUCAAUUUUGCAUACUGAGAUGGCUAAGAAGAAUCUAUUUGUCAAAAGAGGAAUUGUAGCGGAUUCUAAUGCUUAUGAUCAAAGUAAACGAUUGAGAACUGGUGGUGACUAUUCUCACACUGCUUAUACAACUCCAUCACCAUUUCACCCUCCUCCAGCUCCUGUUUGGGGACCACAUGGGUAUAUGGCUCCUGCGCCGCCUCCAUAUGAUCCAUAUGCGGGAUAUCCUGUUCCUCAAGUUCCAAUGCCUGCUCCUGCUCCCAUGCCAGCUCCUAGCAGUUAUUUACCUGUUCAGAAUACAAAAGAUAACCCACCCUGCAAUACCCUCUUUAUUGGUAAUCUUGGAGAGAAUAUCAAUGAGGAUGAACUGAGGGGUCUAUUCAGCGUGCAACCUGGCUUUAAGCAAAUGAAGGUCUUGAGACAAGAAAGGCAUACUGUUUGUUUUAUUGAAUUUGAAGAUGUGAACAGUGCAAGCAAUGUGCACCGUAGUUUGCAAGGUGCUGUUAUCCCAAGCUCUGGUUCUGUUGGCAUGCGAAUACAAUAUUCGAAGAAUCCAUUUGGGAAGAGGAAAGAUGGAAGCCACUCUGUUGCUUCUCCCAGUGCCAAUGGAGCUCCACCAGCUAUGACGUACCAGUAGCUUGAAGGGGAUGUACUCUGAUCUUGAAUACAUGAUAGGAUGCAUCUUGCAGCUGUUGCAUGCAUCAAAAUUUCAUCAUCAGCAUCAGCAUUAGCAUCUUCUCAUGUGCAUCAGUGCACAUAAUGCUAUCAUAAAAGCACCAUCUGGUCAUGUUAAUUUAUCCAGGACAUGCAUCUAUCGGCAGCAUAUGUUGAUGUGUUGAUAACCUAAUAGGGAUUCAGACAUGUUUUACCAUUCAUAGAAGUGGUGCAUCUGCAGCUUUCUUGUUAUAAUUUGUGUUAUUCUUUUCUUUUCCUUCCUCUUGUUUGUCCAUGUUCUACAUCAGUAUUAGGAAUAGUUAACUGAAUAGACAUAUUUCUACUUAUGAAGUUUCCCAUGGUAGGCUGAAUUACAUGACAGCAUUUAACAUGCCAUCCUAAGCUGUUGACAUAUCAUGACACACAUCUAACAAGGCAGUUCAUGCCUUCAACCAUGUAUCCUUAGCCAUUACCUUUAAUUUCCAUCAACACCAUUUCUUUAGUCUGUUCCAUGAACUGAAUCCAUUUACCCUCCUUCACUUGAGGCAAAAUUGUCACCAUGAUUUAGCAUUCAGGUGAUUAAAAGCAUAAUAAUCUGAAGGAUGUUGGCAAAUAUAUGCCCUUGUGAUUUAUAUGCAGGCUUUUUGGAACAAAAAUGAGAAGCUUCCAUUCAAUUGAGGUGGUCAUGCAGCUGUUUUUAGUUCAGUUAAAUACACAUUUGUUGGCAAGAGAUCCUCAUUCGGGUUUUAGAUUGACAGCUGCUAAGGUGGAAGUUUUUGUUGGACUUCAACUGAAGCGAACAUCGGAUAACUAGGGUAUAGCUUGAGAUUGCAGUGGUGAGUUCGGUUGUUACAGGUUAUUUCAUGCAUGGAUGGAACUUUUGACUCUUUCCUUGCAGUAGCAGGUGUCUUUGGAUAAAUCUGGAAUGGGGAAAGAGUUAUGCAUGUUGUCGAUUAAUGAUUAAUAUAAAAGAAAAAAAAAAGGAAAAAGAGAAGAAAUAGAGUUUGGUUGUCGAAGUGUUUCAUUAUUAGUCCUAAAAGAAAGCAGUUUAGACCUUCUAUGGUACUGUACCGAAAUGGGCAUUUUUCUUUGUUUAUGAUGACUUAUGCGGUCCUGACCUUACUUGCCUUCACAAUUAUUCAAUUUUAAACCAUAACAUGCUAUGCCUA